AACAAAAUUCCUAGUUGAACAAAGCUUUCGGUUUUGUGAAUGAAUUGGAAGGGAGAGAGGUGUAGGCUACCUUGGCUUCGUUAAACUUGAAGAAAAAAAAAAAAAAAUUUCACUGAUCUCUCUCUCGCUCGCUCUCUCUCUCUCUCCCCCUCUGUUGUCUCUUGCAGGAUUUCGUUCCUUCGCUCUUUGGAUCAGCCGAGCUCUUAGAUCUCACUGUUCGUUGCUGCUUGCAGACCCUCGUAGACAAGUCCGGUCCUGUAGUUGGAUCAGGGGCCCCUGGGUUUCGACCUAUGCAACCAAGUAGGUUUCCUGAUCCAUCUCUUCCACCACCGCCGACAUCAAACCUCCCAGCAACUGCUGGAUCUUUCCAGCGGUUCCCAACACCACAGUUUGCUCCACCAACUCAAGUACCUCCUUCACAAAUUCCACCAACAGGGCAACCCCCUGCAGCUUAUGGACCACCGCCUCCAGUGUCCUUUCAUCAGCAGGCUCAGGUUACUUCAGUGCCUAUGGGAUCUCCUCCUCAAAGCUUAGGUCCUCCUCCACAAAAUGUUCCACAGCCGUUGUCAGAUUCAUCUUUUCCGGUAGCCAGGCCUAAUUUUCAGUCCUCUUUGCCUGGUUAUGUCCAGAAGCAGCCUAAUGCAGAUUUACAAUCCCAACAAAUGCAACCUCCUUUUGUAAGUCACCAAGGGCAGUAUAUUACUCCAGCACCAGCUUCCCCUUUCCUUACUCACCAAGGAGGUUAUGUUCCUCCUCCACCUGCUGCAGCCUCACAAGGUUUGCUGUCUACAGACCAAAAGCAGCAUCCAGGCACUGGGCCCCCUCUUGGUUCCAUCCAAGGAUUAUCUGAAGAUUUUAACUCGCUCUCUAUUGGAUCUAUCCCUGGAUCAAUUGAUGCAGGGAUUGAUCCAAAAUUGCUUCCAAGGCCCUUGAAUGGUGAUGAAGAGCCUAAAUUGUUUCCUGAGGUGUACCCCAUGAACUGUGAUCAAAGAUAUUUACGGCUCACAACCAGUGCUAUACCCAGUUCCCAGUCACUGGUAUCAAGGUGGCAUUUACCUCUUGGAGCAAUUGUUUGUCCACUUGCCGAAGCUCCUAGCGGGGAGGAAGUGCCAGUUAUCAAUUUUGCUUCAACUGGUGUGAUCCGCUGCAGGAGGUGUCGCACUUAUAUAAAUCCAUAUGCUACAUUCACAGAUGCUGGAAGAAAGUGGCGCUGCAACAUUUGUUCUUUGUUGAAUGAUGUCCCAGGAGACUAUUUUGCCCAUUUGGAUGCCACUGGUCGGCGAAUUGAUUUGGAUCAGCGACCAGAGCUCACUAAGGGUAGUGUGGAUUUUGUUGCUCCAACAGAGUAUAUGGUUCGGCCACCUAUGCCUCCACUAUACUUUUUCCUUAUCGAUGUUUCUAUAGCUGCAGUUAGAAGUGGGAUGUUAGAGGUUGUGGCACAAACAAUUAGGUCAUGCUUGGAUGAGCUACCUGGUUUUCCAAGAACACAAAUAGGUUUUGCAACUUUUGACAGCACAAUACAUUUUUAUAAUAUGAAGUCGACUUUGACUCAGCCUCAAAUGAUGGUGGUUUCAGAUCUGGAUGACGUAUUUGUACCUUUGCCAGAUGAUCUCCUUGUCAACUUAUCUGAAUCAAGAGCUGUGGUGGAAUCAUUUCUAGAUAGCUUGCCGUCCAUGUUCCAGGACAAUGUGAAUGUUGAAUCUGCUUUUGGCCCAGCCCUUAAAGCAGCGUUUAUGGUUAUGAGCCAAUUGGGGGGGAAGUUGUUAAUUUUUCAAAACACACUGCCAUCUCUUGGUGUUGGCCGCUUGAAGUUGCGUGGGGAUGAUCUUCGUGUUUAUGGAACAGACAAAGAACAUUUACUAAGACUGCCAGAGGAUCCAUUCUACAAACAGAUGGCUGCUGAAUUUACCAAGUUCCAAAUUGGGGUCAAUGUCUAUGCAUUUAGUGACAAGUAUACAGAUAUUGCAUCCUUGGGGACUUUGGCAAAGUAUACAGGAGGUCAGGUGUAUUAUUAUCCAGGCUUCCAAUCUUCCAUUCAUGGAGAAAAAUUGAGACAUGAGUUAGCAAGGGACUUGACUAGAGAAACUGCCUGGGAAGCUGUAAUGCGUAUAAGAUGUGGAAAAGGGAUCCGUUUUACAUCUUUUCACGGAAAUUUUAUGUUAAGAAGCACCGAUUUAUUGGCACUUCCAGCUGUAGAUUGUGAUAAAGCAUUUGCAAUGCAAAUCUCUUAUGAGGAAACCUUACUAACAACUCAGACAGUGUACUUCCAAGUUGCUUUGCUAUAUACUGCAUCUUGUGGAGAGAGACGUAUUAGAGUGCAUACAGCAGCAGCACCUGUAGUUACGGAUUUGGGAGAGAUGUAUCGCCAGGCUGAUGUUGGUGCCGUUAUUUCCUUGUUUAGUAGGCUAGCAAUUGAGAAAACACUCUCACAUAAGCUGGAUGAUGCUCGCACUUCAGUACAACAAAGAAUUGUAAAGGCCUUGAGGGAAUAUCGUAAUCUCUAUGCUGUACAACAUCGCUUGGGGGGCAGAAUGAUAUAUCCGGAGUCUCUUAGGUUUUUGCCUUUAUAUGGAUUAGCAUUGUGCAAAUCCGUACCUCUUCGAGGGGGUUACGCCGACGCUAUACUUGAUGAACGGUGUGCAUUAGGCCUCACAAUGAUGAUUCUGCCUGUUAAAAACCUAUUGAAGCUUUUAUAUCCCUCAUUAAUUCGACUCGAUGAGUAUCUAUUGAAGGCAUCUCCCAGUCAGACAGUUGACUUUGAUAGCAUAGAGAAAAGAUUACCGCUGACUGGUGAUAGCUUAGAUUCCAGAGGCCUGUACUUAUAUGACGACGGCUUUCGCUUCAUUGUUUGGUUUGGUAGAGUGCUUUCACCUGAUGUGUCCAUGAAUUUACUUGGGGCAGACUUUGCAGCAGAGCUAUCAAAGGUCAUCCUUAGUGAUCAUGAUAAUGCAAUGUCAAGAAAGCUAUUAGAGAUGCUUAAGAAAUUUAGAGAAAGGGACCCAUCAUACUAUCAGCUAUCUCAUCUUGUUAGACAAGGUGAACAACCUAGAGAAGGCUUCCUCCUCCUUGCAAAUCUUGUUGAGGACCAAGUGGGUGGUACAAAUGGUUAUGUUGAUUGGCUUCUACAAAUACACCGUCUAGUACAGCAGAAUGCUUAAUACAAGCAGGAUAAAAUUUGGAACAAGAAGUGAAACAAUGGAAGAUUUUUCUGGAUGCCAUGAGAGGGAUUCGGCUUCAACAAAUGGCUUCUGGAAUCAAAGCGGAAUUGGCUACUUCAUAAAUUUGUUACCAGAUAGAUUUUUUUUUUUUUUUCCUUUUAACAAUAAUUUUCCCCCCCUUCUUAUUGAGAGGUUGUCACCAUAAUAGGGAUAUCCACAUCAGAUGCUAUUUUAUUUUUCUUAAUAUAUUAUGUUGUCUAUAUACCAUCCCUAGAUUUGGGUAGAAUUGUUGCAAUAACUUUGGCCAUCUAUUUGGAUUUUGUUUGGUUAUGCAACUUGAAUUUUUUGGGUCUGAUUCUUCUUCAGGUGACUGUUGGAUGGAAGUGCUGUAAUUUUGACCAACUGGAACUAGUUAUUAAUAUUCAUAUUUAUUCAGCCACAUUUUGAUCU